AUGAAGAAGUCUUACCGGUAUUGGAGGCAGAGCUUCAGAUUGUUCUUUCGUUUUUACAUUUUCUUGUUCUGUUCCGGGCAGCCUCAAGCACGUCCUUUCCAGCGAGAUGAUGAAUACAAUGAGGAAGUUUUGGAUCCCAUUUCUAUUUAUGGUUCUCCUUAUGGUGGCUACAGCAGAGCCACGCAAAGUCGCCUUGCGUCUCUGCCACUCAAGCUGCCGGAUCAGGUUCUACGCGACAAUGAUGCUCUUGAUGAUGAGGUUCAAUACUGGGAAAUUGCAGAUGGACUUGGUCGAAACUAUGCUUGUCGAGCCUACAAUGAAGAUGAUCUGGAACCUGAAAGUAUGAAAGAUAGCAUGUUUCAGGUUCCAAUGGCAAGAACAUCAGUCGAUGUCGAGAAUCAAAAGAAUCGGGAUGUUGCCUUUCGGGCUGCCCGAGUUCUUGGCCAUGGCAGACGCAAAGUGGAUCCAGCGUUGCAUGAUCUAGAGGAUUCAUCCGUCAAUGAGGAAGGUCUUGACGAUGAAGACGACUUUGGACCCGACGAAGAAAGAACCCUAGAUGACAGGACCAUCAAUGAAUUUACAAUCCUGGAUAUUGAACAAAAAGUGGAUGUUUUGGACAAUGUGUGUGUCCAGAAACGCAUCGGAUAUUGGACUUAUGAGUGGUGUUGGGAGGGAAAGAUUCAUAGGUUCCAUUUGAAUGUCCCGCCACAAGACGCAGACAACAACAAGAGGAUAAAAGUGGAACGAGUGUCCCUCCUAGGCUACCAUGACAACAGGAAGAUCCGUGUUCCUUCAGAAGACCAUCCUUCUGCAUACAAACGAGAGCCUGAGGCCGAGCCAAUGGUUGGAUCAAGGAAAGGGACACCCACGGAUAUUGCGCUUGCAGCCCUAACCAGGAUACGUGAGGAUCCCAACCGGCCUUGUCGCUACAUUAUGGAUGUUUGCACGCCUGUAUUGUGCGAGGAGACGGACGUUUACGAUAUCUAUGAGCAGAUUGAUGAAUUGGGGCUGGAAGACGACGUCGUAUCUGAUGACGACAACGACGACGACAACGGCGUCAUAAAAGCGAUGGCCAAUCGCCCCUCAACCAUUGAGUUUCUCACUGUUUCCAAUAUUCUGGAUGAGACUUUGGGGGACAACUGUCUGUACAGCGCCAGAGUAGGUUGGUGGACCUAUGAAUAUUGCCACAAACACUACAUCCGACAGUUUCAUGGCCCUGAAAACGCUAGUGGAAAGGCCAAACCAAACUUCAAAAAGACAAACCCAGCAGAUGACACACACUUCCUCUUAGGAUACUACAACAAAGAUAGGGAUCCAUUGUCAGAACCUGAAGAAUGGAGGCACAUUGUCAAUAGAACUUCCGAUACUUUGCUGGAAGGUCUCCAUGGCACCGUUCGCCAUGGUGGAAAUGGCGCUUACUUUGAGCUUGAAUACACAAAUGGGGAAGUGUGCUUGCUGGAAGAUCCAUCCGAAAACGAGUUUCCCGCCAUGGAGCGUGCAUGUACCGUGCGAUUGUCUUGCGAUAGCACUUUUGCUGUAUCUGUGCAAGAAGACAGCACAUGCCAUUAUAUCGUUGAAGUGACGAUACCAUCCCUAUGUCGUCAUCCUCUCUUCAAGCCAGCAACGACCAGAAAACGGAUUGUCAAGUGUCUGGAAACGUUCGACGAACAAGGCUAG